CCGGGACGGGGCGGUCCGGUCCCGUUCGGCCCUUAUAGCCCCACGAAGCCCCGUCCCGUCGCGGCGCGGCCGCCAUGGACCUUCACAUCUUGGAGCACCGCGUUCGGGUGCUGUCCCUGGCGCGCCGCGGGCUGUGGCUCUACACCCACCCGCUGCUCAAACUGCUCUUCUUGCCGCAGCGCUGCAGGUGUAAGUUCUUCAGCCUGACCGAGACCCCCGAGGAUUACACCAUCAUGCUGGACGAAGAGGGCUUCAAAGAGCUGCCGCCCUCCGAGUUCAUGCAGGUGGCAGACUCAACAUGGUUGGUGCUCAGCGUCGUCUCCAACGGCUGUGCGCCCUCCGGCUGCCAGGCCACCGGCGUCACCAAGAUCGCCCGCUCCGUCAUCGCGCCGCUGGCCGAGCACCACGUCUCAGUGCUGAUGCUCUCCACCUACCAGACAGACUUCAUCCUGGUGCGGGAGCGGGACCUGCCUGUGGUCAUUCACACCUUGGCUGGGGAGUUUGACAUCUACAAGGAGGAGAAUGGUGAAUCCAUCCCAGUCCCAUGUGAUGAUGCCAGCAAUGGGUUCCUCAAGCCCAAGUCGGCCCCCAGCCCCACGCUGCACCCCGUGCAGAGCCCUCAGAACCGCUUCUGCAUCCUGACGGUGGCACCCGACACGCUGCCUGCCAUCGCCACCAUGCUCAUCGACGUCCUCUUCUACUCCCACAGCCCCCCCAAGGAACCCGGUGCCGGUGACCUCGACUCCAUCACCUUCUUCUCCUUCUCGCUCAUAGAGGGCUACAUCUCCAUCGUAAUGGAUGCAGAGACCCAGAAGCAGUUCCCCAGCGACCUGCUGCUCACCAGCUCCAGCGGGGAGCUCUGGCGGAUGGUGAGGAUCGGUGGGCAGCCCCUGGGCUUUGAUGAGUGUGGCAUCGUGGCACAGAUCGCCGAGCCUCUGGCUGCUGUUGACAUCUCAGCCUAUUAUAUCAGCACCUUCAACUUCGACCACGCGUCCCUGAGGAAGGCAUCACAGAGGUCAUCGAGCUGCUGCAGAAGCGCCAGGAGAGCAGCAGAUAGUGGCCAGGUGUGCGGUGACACCGUGCCAGUCCCCUCCUGCACAGGGCUGUCCCCAGCACGGUGUUUGUUGGUCCUCAUUCUUAAGCCUUUCCCUGGUGCUGGGCAGAGCCCGGUGGCUCAGCAUCACUCUGCCCAUGGAGGGGACACACAGGGGGACACUGCUGUGACAGUGUUAGUUGCAGAGGGCAGCAUCGUGCCUUCCUCUGCCUUGGGCUCCUGCCCGGUGUUCUCAGGGUGCAGAGGGUGCCAUUGAGGGGAUUGGGGUGGUGGGGAGCAGGGGCCUGCAUGCCCCAGAGCAAUGAUGUGCCACGGCCCCAGCAGAGGUGACAGCAUGUGCUGCCUGUCCCCAUAUGGGUGUCAGUGUGGGGUGGUGGCUGUGAUGCUCCUAAGGGCUGCAGGGGGGUCAGGGCAGCACUACAGCCCUGGGAUGACCUGGUGUCCCAGCCAUUUUGUAUUGUAGGGUGGGCAACGGUGGCUCCCCAGCUCCUUUCAAGCUGUUACACACUUUUUAAUGUCAAUAAAAGUCCUAUUUUUUGUGUUC